GGAGUCACAUGACAGCUCAGAACGGGAAACCAGGAAGUGAGAGGGCGGUGCUUUGAAGGGCUGUGAGGAAAAAAUAUAAGACAAUAUUUACAAUGACAGCCAUCAAGCACGCGCUCCAAAGGGACAUCUUCACGCCCAAUGAUGAACGCCUUCUCGGUAUUGUCAAUGUCUGUAAGGCCGGAAAGAAAAAGAAGAACUGCUUCUUGUGUGCUACAGUUACGACAGAGAGGCCUGUCCAGGUUAAAGUAGUUAAAGUGAAAAAGUCUGACAAAGGAGAUUUCUACAAGAGACAGCAGACCUGGGAGCUCAGAGACCUGACACAAGUAGAUGCCAAAGAUGCAAGCAAGGAAAACCCUGAAUUUGAUCUUCACUUUGAGAAGGUGUACCGCUGGUUGGCUAGCAGUACAGCAGAGAAAAACUCCUUUAUUUCCUGCAUUUGGAAACUUAACCAGCGCUAUCUGAGGAAGAAGGUGGAGUUUGUGAAUGUCAGUUCUCAGUUGCUUGAAGAACUUCCUAAAGCGGAAGAGUCGGUGCCAAGCGGUGAGAGCCAAAGUGUCGCAGGGGGUGAUGAGGAUGCUUUGGAUGACUACCAGGAGCUCAGCACCCGUGAGGAGCAGGAUAUUGAGGGCAUGAUGGAGAUGUGCGAGUAUGCUAUCUCCAAUGCUGAAGCUUUUGCUGAGAAGCUCUUCAAAGAGUUGCAGGUUUUAGAUGGGGCCAACAUUCAGUCCAUCAUGGCAUCAGAGAAGCAGGUUAAUAUCCUGAUGCAGCUGCUGGAUGAGGCGCUGGCAGAGGUGGACACCAUCGAGGGGAAACUGAGCAGCUAUGAGGAAAUGCUCCAGAGCGUUAAGGAACAGAUGGAUCAGAUCUCCCAGAGCAACCGCCUCAUCCAGAUCAGCAACACCAACAACGGCAAACUGCUCGAUGAGAUCCAGUUCUUAGUGAACUACAUGGACUUGUCAAAGGGACACAUUAGGGCCUUGCAAGAUGGAGACCUGACCUCCCCUAAAGGUAUUGAGGCCUGCAUCAACGCCUCUGAAGCUCUUCUGCAGUGCAUGAAUGUAGCACUCCGACCAGGCCAUGACAAGCUUGUGUCUGUGAAGCAGCAACAGCAACUAUUUGCUGAGCUGAGAGAUACCUUUGCUCGCCGCCUCACCAAUCACCUCAAUAAUGUGUUUGUUCACCAGGGCCAUGAUCAGAGCUCCACCUUGUCACAGCACACAGCUGAGCUGACUCUGCCCAAACACAGCCCCCUCCACAGGGACCUGCUGCGCUAUGCCAAGCUUAUGGAGUGGCUGAAGAACACUCACAAGGAGAAAUAUGAAGGCUUAUCCAGGACAUAUGUUGAUUACAUGAGCAGACUUUAUGAGCGAGAAAUUAAAGACUUCUUUGAGGUUGCCAAGAUAAAAAUGGCGGGUACAUCCAAAGAAGCGAAGGGCAAGUUUGCCACGCUUCCGCGGAAAGAGAGUGCACUCAAACAGGAAACGGAAAGCCUGCACGGCAGUUCUGGGAAGCUCACGGGCUCCACCUCCAGCCUGAACAAGUUGACGGUGCAGGGCUCCAAUAGUCGGCGUUCCCAGUCUUCCUCACUGCUGGACAUGGGCAACAUGUCCGCCUCCGACCUGGAUGUGGCAGACAGGACCAAGUUUGACAAGAUAUUUGAGCAGGUCCUCAGUGAGCUGGAGCCUCUGUGUCUUACAGAACAAGAUUUCAUCAGCAAAUUCUUUAAACUGCAGCAGCACCAGACUGUUAUGCCCCCUCUCGCACAGCCUGAAACAGAGGAGCCCGAUGGGAGCGCGCCAUCAAAAAUGCCUCCCCAGGCAGAACAUAGACACUCUUUGUCAUCAGAGAAAGACAUGGUGCGGCUGAUGAUGAAUAAAAUCUUCCAAAGCAUUGAGACUGAGCUCAACAGCCUGAUCGCCUUGGGUGACAAGAUUGACAGCUUCCACUCUCUGUACAUGCUGGUGAAGAUGAGUCACCAUGUGUGGACAGCUGAGAAUGUUGACCCGGCAUCCUUCCUCAGCACCACUCUUGGAAAUGUGCUGGUCACUGUCAAGAGGAACUUUGACAAAUGCAUUUCAAGUCAAAUCAGGCAGAUGGAGGAAGUGAAGAUAUCUAAGAAAAGCAAAGUUGGUAUCUUACCUUUUGUCACCGGGUUUGAGGAGUUUGCUGAACUUGCCGAGACGAUCUUUCGUAAUGCAGAGCGCCGAGGGGACCUAGAUAAAGCUUAUGUCAAGCUUAUCAGGGCCGUCUUCGUGAAUGUUGAGAAGGUAGCUAAUGAAAGCCAAAAGACCCCACGGGAUGUUGUGCUGAUGGAGAAUUUCCACCACAUCUUUUCAACGUUAUCACGUCUAAAGAUUUCCUGCCUGGAUGCAGAGAGACGAGAGGCUAAGCACAAAUACACAGACCACCUGCAGUCUUAUGUAAUCAACUCUCUGGGACAGCCAUUGGAAAAACUCAAUCAUUUCUUUGAAGGCGUUGAAGCACGUGUGGCCCAGGGCGUACGUGAGGAGGAGGUGAGCUACCAUCUGGCCUUUAACAAACAAGAGCUGCGCAAAGUCAUCAAAGAGUAUCCUGGCAAAGAGGUGAAAAAGGGCCUGGACAACCUUUACAAGAAGGUGGACAAACAUCUAUGUGAAGAAGAAAGUUUGCUACAGGUGGUGUGGCACUCCAUGCAAGACGAAUUCAUCCGUCAAUAUAAACACUUUGAAGAUCUGAUAGGCAGAUGCUAUCCUGGAUCUGGAAUCACCAUGGAGUUUACCAUCCAGGACAUGUUGGAGUACUUUUCCAGCAUUGCUCAGUCUCAUUAGUUUAGCUGCUGUGCACUGGGCCUUAAUGAUUCACUACUGCCUCACACUGGCUGAAGAUACACUUGCAACUCAUUAACUAUCCUGUAAUGCUUUUUGAACAUUUCAUUUUUCUGUUUUAUAAUUUAAUGAAAGGGAAUUGUACACUAAACAGUGGUGCAGAUAUUGCUUAACUGCCUUGUGCCUGUUUCUCAAGAUUCAACAACUGAGUCCCACAUACCUGGUUGUUUGUCAUAUUUUUGUUGUUGCUGUAUGCCAUAUGUACAUAAUAAAUUUACACCUCUUCAA